AUGGACAGAGUUCCGCGAGACGAGCCUGAGAAUCUCUUCCCCUUGCCUGAAAACUCACUUUCUGGCAAUGAUUCUGGCCUAGUCGGCAUCAAUGAAGAAGACUGGGAGAGGUGUAUCGAUGAUUGGUACUUCGGCCACAAAGCAUUUAGACGAAGAGCCAUUACUGCCAACGGCCAACCGGCAGACGGUUACUUCCCGACAAUCUGGAAAGAGGUCAAGGAUGUCCAGAAACUCCUUACAGAACCGUUGGCUCCGGAGACACACAUCUUCGACCCUACCAGACAUGCCCGGGAACAGCUGAGGGAAGUUGUCGGGAGGACUGCAACCAUAAAGACCGCCGUGUUCAUGGGCUUGGGCAACAUCAACUGGCAAUGUAAAACCGAUUACAACAGAUCUUGGGUCCAGCAAUGCGGCUUGUUCCUGGCGAUAUGCCAACUGCUCGAAGAGAAACAGGGAAAGGAAUCGGGAUCCAUCAAAAAGUUCUUCCAAGACCCAUCUUUCGAGAUGGAAGACCGAUGGAUCCUCGAGAGAAUCGGCAAACAAGUCAUCAUCGAGCACCCCGCUGCGAACGACAAGAUGGGCAAAGGGUCGUUCAUCUUCGCGCCCCGUUUCCCUGCCAACUAUAUGUUCGACACGUUCCUCAUUCCAGGCCGGAAGAUGGAUCUUUUGCUCACCAAUACAAUUCAUGGAAGUCUGGGUACCAUAACUUGGCCGAUUGUCGACGAUUACUUCAACGAGGUAUACUGGAGUGGGAACACAACUAUCACUCCUGGUGCACAACGUAUGUAUGGUCUUGCGAAAGCUUUUCUCGACAAUCAUGAGGGUCUCAAAUACUGGGGUGCCUACUCGAGUAAGAGGGAGGUGAUGGCAGCUUAUGCCAAAUUCUCUUUCUACCUGCCCAGGACCCGACCAUCGGGGCCCGCAGCCAGCCUUCUGAUCGGACAAGGUUCUCGCGUUGCUUUUGACUUUUGA